CCAGGACCCUGCAUUCACUAUAUCUGGUCUCCCACAAUACACAGAACAUGGAAAUGCAAUUAUUUUAGUAAAUAAAACUGCUAAAUACCUUUUCUCAUCAGCAGUUAGAGCCAUCCAGCAGAGAACUGGUUAAAUCUUGUAGGAGUUUUCAUUUUGAAAUAUGAGGAUGCAGAACCCCCGACCUCUGUCUGGACAGUGCUGAUUGGCCCUGUGCUGAUCACAUGCACUCCCAAGAAAAAAAAGAAAAAACUCUCUAGCAAUACACACUAAACUGAGCAUGUGCAUGUGGCUACAGGUACAGUCUGUCUUAUCAGAUGGACAUUUGAACAAGAGUAGGUACAGAGAAGUCAUGAUCAAACAGCCUAUUUACACAAUGCAGAGGAUUAACCCUUUAGGUUCCACAGUGAGUAUAACAAGCAUGCUUUACUGCAUAUACAGACUGAUCUUAAUGUUGUGGGUUUAG